AUGGACGGCCAGGAUACCCGGCGGAGCAGCCGCAACCGCUUCCUUCUGGAUCGCUUCGAGAGCCUAGAGGCCAGCCACCAGAAACUUCGGCAGCAGUUUCAAAACUUCGUGCAGGAGAAGAUUGGAAACAGCAGCAGCGAUACCUUUCUUCCGGAAAACGAGGAGGUGGCGUCAGAUUCGGAGCGCCUGACGUCAUUUUCCGGCAUGGGUUGCUUCCCCGGCUCCUAUUCCUUCGGGAGUCCGUACAGGAGCGUGUUGGAGUACAUGGGUCAUGCAGUUCACGUGAGCAGGACUGGCUCAGGGGAAAUAAUCUACUGGAAUUAUGCAGCUGAAAAACUUUAUGGGUACAAAGAUAAUGAAGUAGUUGGGCAGAGUGUGAUCGAGCUUCUUUUUGAUGAAGUGCAUCAAUCUUCAGUUCUCGAGAUCAUGGAUAGGCUAUGCACCGGGGAAUCAUGGUCGGGUCAACUCCUUCUCAAGAAGAGGUCUGGUCAAAGUUUCAUGGCAAUGGUCAGUAAGAGCCCACUAUAUGAGGAGGGAAAGCUCACUGGUAUCAUCACUGUUUCUAGUGAUGCAGCAAUAUUUAAUAAUACGAGCUCUUGGCGUAAGUUUCGGAAAAUAAAUUUGAAGAGGAUCCAGUGGCAUUCACAAGCCCAAGUUCUUGCGGUGCCCGAAAUAUCAUCAUCAUUUCACAAUCUGAUUCCAAAGCCCGUGUUUGGUUCGUCUCUAGGGAGAUACAAAAACGAAGGAAUGAGUUCACAGAAAGAGGGCUCAACAUCUGUAUUCGUUCAACCUCCAAAUAUUAGAGUCGCGGAUGAUAACAUUCAACAAACUAGUCCAGAAGAUAGUUUUGCAAUUAGCAAUGGAGGUUCAGAUGAAACAUGUUCCCAUAAAGAGUCAAUGGGAAGGGAGUCUAUGGCCAACGAGCCAUACGUAAAGUCUAUAGUUUCAGAUGAUACAUGUUCGGGUCCUGAGAUUCAGUGGGAUGAUAUACAGCUAAAGGAGGAAAUUGGCCGUGGUUCAUUUGCAGCUGUGUAUCGUGGGGUCUGGAGUAGAUCGGAUGUUGCCGUCAAGGUUUAUGGUGGAGGCCAAUACACUGAGAAGACCUUAGUUAUCUACAAAAAAGAGAUUGAUGCCAUGAGAAGACUGAGGCACCCAAAUGUAUUAUUGUUUAUGGGAGCAGUGUGUACAGGCGAAAAACUUGCUAUAGUCACUGAGUACUUGAGAAGGGGAAGUCUCUUCAAAACACUUCAUAAGAACAACCAAUCAUUGGACACAAGACGACGUUUGAAGAUGGCUGUUGAUGUGGCAAGAGGCAUGAACUAUUUGCACCACAGAAAUCCUCCCAUACUACAUGGAGACCUGAAAUCUUCAAAUCUCCUAGUCGAUAAAAGCUGGACCGUCAAGGUGGGAGACUUCGGCUUGUCCAAGUUGAAGCGUGCUACUUUCUUGACAUCCAAAUCUGGAAGAGGCACACCUCCAUGGAUGGCACCUGAAGUCCUCCAAAACGAACCUUCCACAGAAAAGUCAGAUGUUUUCAGUUUUGGCGUCAUCCUGUGGGAACUCAUGACCGAGCGAAUCCCAUGGGGCGACCUCAAUUCCUUACAGGUUAAAGGAGUUGUUGGCUUCAUGGACCGUAGACUGGACCUUCCAGAAAAUAUCGAUCCUCGAGUACGUUCCAUCAUCUCACAGUGUUGGCAAAGUGAUCCUGAUAAUCGCCCAUCGUUUGAAGACAUCAUAAGUAAGAUUACCGAUUUGGUCCUUUCGGGAGACAAUGUGUCGGCUAUGAAACUUCACACGCCUUAAAAUAUAAUUUCAGGCUGACUGUCGACUAAUUACCUGAUAUAAGUGUGUAUUUUGUGUUUCGGCACAACCUAUAGUUUGUAUUGCAUUUGAGUUAGGGGAAAAAAACAGAAGAUGUGAGUAAGGAAUAAGAGCUUACAAAAUGUUAACUAUCAUAGGAUAAAAGCAUAUCAUUAUUUUCUUUAGACAUAGUUCAGCACAACCUGUAGUUUGUAUUGUAUUUGAGUGCCCAAUAGUUGACUAUACAGUUUCCAUUGUUACAGGAAU